GUGAAUAAAGCACCUGGACCGGAUGGCAUACACCCACGGGUCCUUAAAGAAUUGAGCUCUAGGGGUGGCUGUGGUAUAAUUGGACAGAGGGGUGGCUGUGGACGUGGUAUGCUUGGACAGAGGGGUGGCUGUGGACGUGGUAUGCUUGGACAGAGGGGUGGCGGUGGACGUGGCAUACUUGGACAGAGGGGGUGGCGGUGGACGUGGCAUACUUGGACAGAGGGGGUGGCGGUGGACGUGGCAUACUUGGACAGAGGGGUGGCGGUGGACGUGGCAUACUUGGACAGAGGGGUGGCGGUGGACGUGGCAUACUUGGACAGAGGGGUGGCGGUGGACGUGGCAUACUUGGGCAGAGGGGUGGCGGUGGACGUGGCAUACUUGGGCAGAGGGGGUGGCGGUGGACGUGGCAUACUUGGACAGAGGGGGUGGCGGUGGACGUGGCAUACUUACACAGAGGGGUGGCGGUGGACGUGGUAUACUUGGACAGAGGGGGUGGUGGUGGACAUGGUAUACUUGGACAGAGGGGGGUGGCGGUGGACGUGGUAUACUUGGACAGAGGGG